AUGAAAAUUAAAACUCUCUCUCGCCCAACGGCGCAGGCCCAAACCCCGGGUUCUGAUGUCGCAAGAAUGCCUCGAAACCUGGACCCAGCAUUGCACCCCUUCGCAAAGGCCAGAGAAUAUACUCGAGCCCUUAAUGCCGCGAAGAUGGAAAGAAUGUUCGCUGCCCCCUUCGUGGGACAGAUGGGAAAGGGACACGUAGAUGGUGUAUAUUCGAUGGCGAAGGAUCCGAAUUCGUUACAAAGAUUUGCCAGUGGAAGCGGAGAUGGUGUUGUCAAGGUCUGGGAUCUAACAAGUCGAGAGGAGACCUGGACAACUUCCGCACAUGAGAAUAUUGUGAAAUCGAUGGCCUGGACUUUGGAUAAAAAGCUAUUGACAUGCGCGAGUGAUCGAACCGUCAAACUCUUCGAUCCAUAUAAUACGCCUGCAGGCGCGGCGCCUUCAGCUACAUGGCUUGGUGCAAAUGCGUUUACCGGUAUCUCACAUCAUCGCUCGAAGAAUGUAUUUGCGACAUCAGGAAGUUCGGUUUCCAUAUACGAUUUAGAACGAACCAGCGCACCUCCCGAGGUCUUGAAAUGGCCCACCAAUCACGACACAAUCUCAUGUGUGGCUUUCAAUCAAGUUGAAGAUUCUAUACUUGCCUCUGCAGGGACCGAUCGCUCGAUAGUUUUAUACGACUUGAGGACAUCUAUGCCCCUCGCAAAGACCAUUCUCAAUUUUGCUAGCAACAAGAUAGCCUGGAAUCCUAUGGAGGCAAUGAACUUUGCUGUAGCUAAUGAGGACCAUAAUAUUUACAUUUUCGACAUGAGGAAGAUGAAUCGCGCACUGAAUAUUUUGAAAGAUCAUGUAGCAGCAGUAAUGGAUGUGGAAUUCUCCCCGACAGGAGAAGAAAUUGUCUCCGGUUCUUACGACAAGACCAUCCGUUUGUGGAGUAGAACGAAAGGCCACAGUCGGGACAUAUACCAUACAAAGCGCAUGCAGCGAGUAUUUUCUUGCCAAUGGUCGCCCGAUUCUAAAUAUGUGCUCUCGGGCUCGGAUGAUGGGAAUAUCAGGUUAUGGCGUGCCAAUGCUUCCGCACGAGAAGGCAUAAAAUCAACCAAACAGCGCCAAGCGCUCGAAUACAACGAAGCGCUCACCGAACGCUAUGCCCACAUGCCUGAAAUCAAACGUAUCAAUCGCCACAGGCAUAUCCCGAAGGUAGUGAAGAAGGCUGGGGAGAUCAAGGGCGAGGAGCUCAAGGCGAUUAAGCGGAAACAGGAGAAUGAACGGAAGCAUACGAAGCAACAGUUCAAGAAGCGGCAGAAUGAGCGGGAGAAGAUGGUGCUUGCUGCGGAAAAGUGA